GUUUUUUUCUCAUACCUAACCUACAUAUGUCAGAAAGCUGUCAAAAAAAGGCGCGAAAAAACUUUCGAUUUCAUUCGUUUUGCAAAAAUGAGUUCUUCCGAAGAUUCAGAUUUAGAAAUAAUCGAAGAAGUUGCUUUAGAGCGCUUUGAAGAAAAUGCAGAUGAAGGCAAUAUAGAAGAACAGGCGGAAGAAGCUCCAGGUGAAAAUAAUGAGAAUGAAGCAGAAUCUGCUACUGCUAGUAAACCAGUGAAAGCCAGAAGAGUUAUACGAAAUCCUCAACCUAAACUAAAUGCGGAACGACUGAAGGGACCACGAGGUCUGUCCGCUUUAGAAUCACAUUUUGACCGAGUAAAAUACAAAGGGAAAGGUUAUGAAGAACAGGACUUGGGUGUAAUUUUAAAAACUUACGAGUACUGGUGCCACCGUUUGUUUCCCAAAUACCCCUUUAGCGAAUGUAUUGCCAAAAUUGAGCAGCUUGGGUCCAAGAAAGCUGUUGUUACUCACAUUAAAAGAAUCAGGUACGAUUUGCUGUGUGAAGAUUCUCCAAUUAUAAACAAUGACAAUGAUUCUGAGCCCGAACCACCAGAGGAAAAUCAGUUUGAUGCUUUUCCUGCUUCUUUAGAAGUUACACAACCUGAAGAACCUGAAUUAACUGAAGAACAGUUGGAAAUCAUCAGAAUAAAUAAAGAAAGAGCGGAAAGAAUAAGGAAGGAAAGGAUGAUACAAAGAACAAAUGAAUCGCAAAACCCAGCCAGUGGGUCUUUAACAUUGGCAAGUCAAGAUGAAUUUCCUGAUGACCAAGAAAUGGAAGAAAUGGGACGGUCUGAAGUUACUCUACCAAUGCCAAGUGAAGAAGAUUUCCCUAGUGAUCAAGAGAUAAGGCAGUUUGAAGAUAAGCUUUCAAAUCAAGGUGGAAAUGAAGAAAUUGAGCUUUCUGAAAACUCACAGUCAAUGCCAAAACAAAAUAAUUUAUCUAAAGAUGAGGAGGAAAAUAUUUCAUCUCAAAUCAGCAACAGCAAAACUAUUGAUUUAGAGCCAAACGAAAAUUUUUCUCAAAGCCAAGAAGUUUCACAGAGCACAACUGACGAGUUGUUUCAUAAUAAUCAAGAAUUAAGUGAGACUGAAAAUGCCUAAGGUAACGACUAGUAGUUAGGAGUUAAUUAAAAAAAACCUUUAUUGGAAUUUUGGUUAAGUUACAACAAAUUCUUUUAUAAAUAAAAAUAUAUUUAGAUACUUAUCGUAUAAAUCACAAUUCUUUCUAAAGCUAUAAUAUGAAAUAUUUACAUUAAAAGCUAUACACGUAAUAUAAACAUUUUAAUAAUUUGGUAUUGUGUUUACAUUUAAAUAUCAGCACAGAUCUGCUCAAACUAAAAUCACUUUAAAUUUGGAAACCUUG